AUGGUCGUAUCAGCUGCAAGCCGAAAGUCUACAGGGAUUCAUGCCGUGACUGAAACCCUCGAUCGCAUUCAGGACAACACUGGCACAGCCUCAAUCAGCAUUGGUGUUCUUCACCAAGGAGAGGUCAUCUACACCCGCAGCAGAGGUGUCCGCGAUGUCGACUCAGGGCAAGCCGCCGAUCCGGACACCAAUUACCUCCUAUGCUCCGUCUCCAAAGCCUUCACAGCUUCAUGCUGUGGAUUACUGGUCCACGAAGGAAAACUGAAAUGGAACGAACCGAUGCAAUCAUACAUACCAUUCAAGAAUACCAUCGACCCUGUCAUUGGCCAAAGGGCAACAGUUCAGGAUGCGCUUUCGCACAAUACCGGGCUCGCGCACUUGGACCUCACCUGGCUUGGUGUGGAGUGCGAGUACCUACUGAAAAGGGAUGACUUGCUGGAUGUUGUCAGCUAUCUUCCCCCGGUGCACGACCUUCGUUGUGGGUUUCACUACAACAACUACAUGUUUGCCGUAGCCGGUGCGGUCAUCACGCAGCAGUCUGGGCAGCCGUGGUAUGAAUAUCUCAAGGAAAGGAUCCUGGAACCGCUAGACUUGAGCCGCACAACGACAAAUCGCACCAAGCUACCAGAUGACAACUAUGCGGCCCCUCACGUUGUUCUUGACGAUUACUCGCUACACAAGCAGAAGCCUGUCGACAUGGCUUCGGAUGAUUCUCUUAUGGGACCUGCUGGGGCUGUCUGGUCGUGUGUCACAGACAUGAUGAAAUGGGCCAAGGCUCUCCUCACAGCCAUGCACAGUGAGACUGAAACGCCCCUCAAGCAAGUAUCGACAAUUGUGUCACACAAGGCCAACAUUACUACAUCAUCCAUCGGCGAGAACACGUAUGGCCUUGGGUUUGCCCGUGCUACAAUCCCUUCUACCGAGUUGGGCAUGAUAUCUCUCAAUGGUCCCCAGCGCGAGCAUGUCAUCGGUCGAUCGUCGCAGCCUCGCUUGGUUCUUUAUCACAAUGGGGGCCAAUCCGGGUACUUGACAUCAUUCUAUCUGUUCCCUGAAACGAAUUCAGCCAUCGUCGCUUUGGGAAACUCGUAUGGGCUCGGUGAUGGGCCUGACUGGACUGCACAAGCCCUAGCACAAGCAAUGUUUGACCUGCAGCCACGCGUUGACUUUGCAGAAGCAUCAUUGGCCAAAGCCAAGUCUGAGUACGAAAGAUAUGACCGUCUGGUCGCAGAGUUUACACAACAACGCGAUCAAGAGCGCGCGAAAUCAGAGGGGCCACAUGAGGUUCCAUUGGAAGACUACGUGGGCAGGUAUCAUAACACAGGCUUGAAGAUGACGCUCGCUAUCAACAAGGACACGGAUGGAACCCUGAAGCUGAUUUUUAAUGAUGUACCGUCCCAACAGCAUAAGCUCACACACUUUGCAUGGGACAAGCUGGGCUUUAUGCCAGCCUCGCGCGAAGAGCUUAUCUUGAGGGAAUUUAUUGAUUGGUUCAAGUGGGAUCAGUUUGUUUUGGUAUUCCACCGCGAGAACAAGUCACAAGAGGUAGUAGCUGUUAAUUGGGCUAUGCAGGUCGGUAUCGAGCCGCUGCGUUUUGAUAAGUUGUGA